CCCAGCAGACCAGUUUUGUAGGAACGGGGAGGAAUAUGUGUAUAAAUAUAAAUAUGUAUAUUUCAGGGGGUAACGAAAGCGUAGCUGAUUUUGUUGUAUUAUAAACACAAAUAAAUAAAGGACGCGACGGCUGUUUGGGCAGGAUGUGCGAUCGCGAAUGAGGCAAACGAGGCAGAAACACGAAAUCGUCCUUCGUCCUUCAUCCUUCAUCCUUCAUCCUGCGGCUGCGGCGGCUGGCUGCCAACAAUGGCUGCGAUGACAGCCCAGCCUAAAUGCCGGGCUGGAAAAUACAUACAUAUAUAUUUAAAGGGUGCCCGGGAUGCACAGGACUCACAGGAUAGCCGCACACACAGACGCGGUGCUCCGAGCAUCGGGCAUCGGGCAUCGGAUCCAUCAGGCAUUGGAAACCACCACCUUUGCACCACCUUUGCACCACCCUGGCCACAGUUGCCAUUGUUCACCCAUAUGUUAAGACGUGCUAAAUAUGGGAGUGUCCUUGUCAUUUAUAUGUCGCAAUGUCGCCCGCUCCAGAUUACGCACUCUAUGCACGGUAAGAAAAUGCUUUGA